CUGAACUUCAGAAGAGGAGCUGAAAAAUGGGCAUCCUCCUCUCUAGAUGCUCUUUGACCACAUCUUUGAUCACAUUUGAAGUUCUGUUCAUGAAACCUGGACAGGAACAGCACUUCUGGAGGAAGAUGAAUCCGUAGCAGCAAUGGACAGUUUGGAUAAAGGUCAGGGAAAGGUUUCAACAGGAGACCCAGUUAAGACCGUUACUUUCAGUUUUGUGCCAGUCGUGCAGAGAUUACCAACUAAAGGCAUUCUUACUGAGGAGGAGUCUGAAGCUCUGAAAGCAAAUCCAGAUAAGAGGGUAGCUGUGUCCCAUGAGAGGAAAACCAUGUCAGAUGGGAGGAUUUUCAACGUAAAGACGCUCUUUAUUGAGGAUAUUUUAAAGGGAAACGCAGGAAACGUAACUCAGCUGGAGACAGAACCUCAAUUCAAGUCUUCACCAGAACAUGUGAUCCUCUCUAAAACCAAAGCUUCUCCUUCACUCAGCGCUCAGGCUGAAAAUACACCUAACCACAUAACCACAGGGACUGUCUCUAUGGGAACAGCUGUUGACAAACAGAGGGGCAUUUGCCAGUGGCAACAUCACAAUACCCCUGGACACACCGAGGCCGGCCCUGCAAACACAGCCAUGCUUGCAGAAGACAGAACGAGCCCCACAGACUCGGCAGACUUGUUCCCCACCCCGGCUUCAUCCCGGGAGUCCAUCCUCUCAGAGGAUUUAGAUAAAGAAAAGAGCUGGUUUUCUCCACAGCUUUCUACUGUAACGUCCCCUGCUUCUCUCAGCCGCACUGUUUCUCCCUGCUCCUCGGUCCGCUCUGGAGUCUUCACCCCUUCUGUCAUCCAGGUCAAGAGGCAUUUUCUUGCCCCGGGCUCCAGUCUGAUUAACAUCCCUGAAACUUGUUUCUCAUCCUGCGAAAGCUUGUCCUCCUAUCCCCGGCAUCGGCCCCCUGUCACCCGGCUCUCUCUCCUCACUGCCAUCCUCAGGAAAGGUCGUCUUCCCGUCCUGUCCCCGGCCCUGCAGAGGCCCUACACGCCCUGUUGGCCUGUUAACCCCGUGACCCUGUCCUUCUGUAACGCAUGCUCAGCUGCCUCCAGCCUGGCCUCCAUUCCCCUUGAGUUUUCUUCUAGGUUCUCCUCAUCAGCAUCUAUAGACAGCCAGCCCCACAUUCACAGGGAGCUCAACACAGUUCCUUCACAAUUUAAGUCAAAUGAGCACAACAGAACUUGCCCUCAGACUCAGAUUAAAGGAUGCACUGAGCAAAUUUGCAACAGCGGUGAGCCUAGACGGGAGCAGGCUAUUUCACCUCCACCGGUGAUGAACAGAACACUCCCCCGAAACGUGCCUCCAUUUUUCAAAUCUGUUCAUUCAGUAAAGCAUGAACAUUUAGGUUCUGCAACUGCACCAAACAGCUCCAUUUCCCAGUUCCCUGAGCCAAUGCACAGCAACUCACAUAUGCUUUUACAGGAGCAUGCACAUAACAAGCGUACACAGCUCUCCUCCCCACCACCAUGCAAACCAUCUAAUCAACAACAGCAAUCUGUGCUCCAGAACGGCACCAGCCGCUCAAAUUCAUCUCUCGCAAGACUCCGCUUACUAUCCCAGCAUCUCAAAUCUCCACCUGUCAGCCCUCCUCCCUAUCAGCCUUCUCAGUCAUUCAUCACCGCUUCCUCCGCUCGCUCAGACACAGAAUCCCCCCUCGAUCCCUGGCAGCACCCCAGCAGGGUGGGAGUUAGCGAUCCGGGGAGGAGCUGCCCCGUUUCCAGAAGUGCCACACCUUUGCAGGCCGUCAACAGAGCCCAGUGCCUGUCCCCGUCCCGACACACGCCCAUUUUCUCGCCCGGGUGGCUGUCACCCGCCAGCUCCCGCACGUCCACGCCCUUCAGAGAGCUCACCACAUCCCCGUCCCUAUCCCUGCGCUCCACACCCUCUCCAAGGCCGGGGAGUGGAAUUUCAGACUGCAGUGACCGGGAGGGUAAAAAAAGAAAGACACACAGGAUUAAGUUGAGCUACAAAUCACUUGCUGCGAUUCCCACAAACACCCUUCUGUUGGAUCAGCAAAUCAUAGAUGAGGAGGUAGAGAAGGACCACAAUGAUUGUGACAAGCUGGACAGCAGAGCUGCAGACACCCACGCAGAGAUGUACUCACCCGCUCAACUCCGACAACAGUCAGAGGAACUUUAUGCAGCUAUUGAUGAGAUACUGGCAUAUUCCACCCCAGAAACCACAAAGUCAACAACUUCCAAAACUGGUGUCCAGAAGAACAACAAGGCAAAAACAUUGGGGCGUGAAACAAAAUAUGCAUCUCUGUGCAGCCUGCUGCCAUCGGCCAAACAGAAAAAACCCGGGAUCAUUCGCCCGAUGACGGCCAUUCCAAGACUGACGCUAAAGGAUGAAGCUGAAUUUUGUCCAAAUCCCAGGCAGUUUGUCAAACAGACCCUUCAAGACAAGAAACAGGGGGAAAAUAUGAGUUUUGAAAAGGCAAGGACACAAGUUUAUGCAAGCUUGAAAGGGAAAUUGUUGAGAGAGGAGAGGGCGCCUGAAAGAAGACCUCCAUUCUCAGCGUGUGAGCUGCACAUUGAAGAACCAAAUGAGCAGAUCAAUCAUCGUGGCAAAGAAGCUUCAACAUCCUUUGUUACUACUGAAAAGCGUAUAGAGGCCUUAGAAACCCAUAUCUAA